AUGGAACACUUCAUUGGAUCAUCCGUUAAUAUGACUGCCACGAACGAAGAGUACGGCUCCUCGGGCGAUGAGUCGGGAAUUAUUGAGCCGCCCAAAUUGAGCGAUUAUGCUUGGACGGUGCUUGGCGAAAUAAACAGCAGGCCGCUGAUUCAUGAAGACACUUCUCAGCGACAACACUCGCCUGAUAAGUCAGGGUCUCAGAGGCCAAGUUUUACAGCUACAAGCUACCGCGAUAUCAUGGAGUCGAAUAUUAAUCCAAACACACAUUCGACGCCUUUUACUACGAACACAAAGUCCAACAUGUGGACCAAUCGCGUCUCGUCCAAGGGGCAGCAGCAGCCUGUUCAGCGAAAGAAGAUUGAAGUGCAGGAUCCCAUGGACAGCAUGGACUAUUCACCCGUGAACAAACCAAGACAACAGGUUCAUUUUGUUUCCCAUGAGCCAAGAACGCCGACGCUUGAGUCUGCAGCCAAACGGCAGUCCUCGCCUCUAGGCUCAGUUGUACCUUCGGUUCACAGAUUCGCAAAUGGAGUCGCCAAACCAACUUUAGCGGGUGCCAUGAGAAUUGCGAGCGAUCCCAUUUUGCAUAAAGAGUACAUUGAAGAUAGAAGACCAGAUUCGCACGAUAAUCACCCAUUCAAAGACAUAUCCAGGGAUUUGAGAAUGCAAAAGCUGGAGCUCAUGAAGAGCCAGAGAAAUGAACACGAUCGUUCCCGAAAUUCGAGCUCCUGGUUGAGUUCGAAUAAGGAGAAUGAUGAGCACAGAUCUGUGCCAUGUUACGAUACUCCAGAGAGAUCUAGAAAAGCCCUGGCACCUCUUUCAGGCAAUAGACUCAACUCGAGAUUUGCUCUAGAGCCAAAGCCGGAGAGUUUGUGGGAACAGGAGAAAAAGUUUGAAGAAAGGCUAAAGCUUGAACUGAGAAAUCAGAGGGAAACUCUUGAACGAAGUUUCCAGGAACAACUAAGAUCUGCGCCUAGAGAUGAGGCUAAGUCCAUUUACGUGAAUGGGAAGCAGUAUUUCUAUUUGGAGCAGAUCGGAAGAGGAGGAACCUCCAAAGUGUACCGUGCAAGAACACACAAGUCUUCGCAGGUUUUCGCCAUCAAAGUUGUAGAUUUUGAGGAGUUUGACAAGGAAGCGGUUACUGUAUUCAAGAGGGAGAUCGAAAUACUGGAGAGUUUGAGCAAUGACAAACGCGUUGUUGAACUUUUCGAUUACUUCCUAGGUGAUGGUUCUCUUUCUUUGGUUAUGGAGUGUGGUGAAGUUGAUCUCGCACAUGUCCUGAUCAACCGGUCAAACAUGCCUCUGGAUAUCUCGUUUCUUCGAUUCGUCACUGCCGAAAUGAUGCAAUGCGUAUUGGCGGUUCAUAGCGCUGGGGUUGUUCAUUCUGACUUGAAGCCUGCCAACUUUUUGUUUGUGAAGGGAGUUUUGAAGCUUAUAGACUUUGGGAUUUCUAAUGCUAUUCCUGACUUCACCGUCAAUGUUCAUCGUGAGUCUCAGAUUGGCACUCCCAACUACAUGGCGCCUGAGACUUUGACAGGCAUCGAUAGAGAGUCCGGAGUACUCUGGAAGGUUGGAAAGCCAGCAGAUAUCUGGUCAUGCGGUUGCAUCAUUUAUCAGAUGGUUUAUGGAAGGCCGCCAUAUGCCGGAUACUCGGGUCAAGACAGGUUAAUGGCCAUCAUCGACAAGAAGGUCCAGGUUUCUUACCCCAACGAAGUGAACGGUCUGGCUGUACCAACGACUUUAAUCGAGGCAAUGCAAAGCUGUUUGUCGAGAGAUCCUUCCAAGAGAGCAACUGCGCAAGAACUCAUAGAUGGAGAUUUUUUGAAGCCCAAAGUUGUCAGCCAGAACUUCAUUUCUGGUCUGAUCCAGAACUCAGUCGAGUACGGAGCAUCGCAUCCAGCGGAGCCUAACAAAAUACACCAGAUUAUCUCUGACGUGUGGAGAAGGAUUGUGGAUCAUAAUGGGUACACGUAA